AUGGCCAAGCCGGACAACAACCCGGACCAGCUGCCGAUGGAAAAGAGACUGGCAAUUGCCAAGUACGAUGCAGAGGAUUGCAAGGACGCAAUUCACGGAUCUCGAAUUCCAAAGUAUAUGGGCGAGCAGGUUCAUCGACUGUGCACUAUUCACGGCAUACGACAUCAUUAUGGCUUUGCCCAGGAGCUCCGUGGAGUUACUCCAGAGUUCACGCGCGCCCUGAAUGCCCGGGAUAUCAUGAGCGGUAUCAUACCAAUCAUCUCGCAGCCUGAAGAGACACCUUAUUGUAUCUGGUAUCCCGAAGUCCCGAAAGAGGAUACUCUCCGAGCUCUGGUUCAACGAUACCCGGAUAUGCUCUACCAUGCCGCUCGUGCCUGUGCCGUCGCAGGAUAUUUUGAUCUGUAUCAAGAGCUUGAUCCUCUUCCGGAGGUCCAUGUCGCAGAGGAGGCUGGCUACGCAAGCAUGCAGAAAAGCAGCAACGGCAGUCAACAAAUUUAUGAGCACAUUCUCUCUCAGCCUGUGAAGUUCGAGAUCAUGAACGACUAUGCACGUACGGUCAAUAUUGCUGGGCGCCGAGUCGCAUCUCUGAAUGGGGAUACAGCUGCUUACUCGAGCCUUGCUGCCAGAUCGAAGUACUAUGGUCCUCGGGAGUUUAGAAUCGACGCCAAGCCAUGGCACAAAUUUUGCACGGAUCCCUACUACUUCAAUAUCACCGAAGACUGGGGAAUAGAUGACCAUGACUGCGAGGCCCCUAUCCCACGGGGGUUGCUGGAGUCUGGCAGACUCCAGGUUAGGGUUUUCCCUUCACUAUGGGACAUAAAAAGUGGGUCCCGCCUGACUCCAGGUUCUUUUCCUCGCCUGACUCCUAAGGUCUAA